CAGUGCCGGGGCCGCCGGAGCCGAACAACUGCCCUGACAAGUGUGGGGACAUAGACAUCCCCUACCCAUUCGGCAUCGGCCCCAGGUGCUCGAUGUCCGACCGCUUCGUCCUCAGGUGCAACGAGACGACGAGUCCCCCCACCCUUCUCAAGGGCAGCGCCAAGAUCGCCAACAUAUCGUUGGAGACGGCGCAGAUGGUGAUAUACACCUACCUGACCUACAAGUGCCGCGUGCCGGGCGGCAACAAUACUAUCGAGGACACGUCGCAGAGCAUGAACCUUAGAGUCGGCGACCCGUUCCUGAUCUCACCGUCGGAGAAUGUGUUCACGGCCAUCGGGUGUAGCUUGACGGCCAGGCUCAAAGGCAGCAGCAAGGCCACCGCCGCCUACCUCACCGGCUGCAUCACGACGUGCGCCAGGGUCAACAACACCGGGGACGACGGCACGCCCUGCAGGGGACACGGCUGCUGCCACGCCUUGCUCACGCCCGGCCUCAAGAAAGUUAGCUUGGUGUGGGACGUGAACGAGCAAGGCGCACGUCCUGUGUCUGGCAAUCUGUGCCAGUAUGCCUUCAUCGCUACCAAAGGCUGGUACAAUUUCAAAAAAAGUGACCUGACUGGGAAUAUGACAUUCCUCAAUAGACUUGGAGGCGACAGAGUCAUUCCAGUUGUUCUUGACUGGGCAAUUAGGAAUGGAACAUGCCCAUCGGCGCCAAAAGGGGAUAACAAUGAGAAUCUUUCCCAUGGCGCUUGUGCUAGCACCCAGAGCUACUGUGUAAAUGCCAGUAAUGGAGAACAUGGCUAUUUCUGUAGAUGCUCCAAGGGAUACACCGGCAAUCCAUACAUAAAACAUGGAUGCACAAAUAUUAAUGAGUGCGAGCUGCGGAGAUCCCCAAACUCAACAAUGUACAAGAACAUGUAUCCUUGUCACGGCGGGACAUGCCAUGAUAGAGAAGGUGGUUAUGAGUGUAAAUGCAAUUUCGGACGAAGAGGUGAUGGUAAAAGUUACAAGGGUUGUGAACCCAUCGUGUCCACGGCUGCGGUGGCAGUAAUAGGAACAAUCGGUGCCAUUGCAUUACUCGUUGUGCUACUAAUAUUCUUACACAUGGAACGCGAGAAAAGAAAGCUGAGGGACCGGUUCAAUAAGAACGGUGGAGAGUUACUCAAAAGUCUCAAGAUCGAGAUCUUCACAAAGGAGAAGCUAGACCACAUCACACAUAACUACUGUGACAUCAUCGGCCAAGGCGCCUUCGGCAAGGUCUACAAGGGAACCAUCGACGCUGGAGACAGUGCACGGGUCGCCGUGAAAUGCUCGAUUCCCAUCAACCAGGACUGGAAGAAGGAGUCCUUCGCGAAUGAGAUCAAGAUCCAGUCCAAUGUCAGCCACCGGAACCUGGUCCAGUUGCUAGGAUGUUGCCUGGAGACGGAGGUGCCCAUGCUGGUCUACGAGUUUGUGCCCAGGGGGAGCCUCCACGACGUACUCCACGGCGAUAAUAAGAACCCUCUCCCGUUGGAAAAACGCUUGGAUAUCGCCAUCUACUCAGCGGUUGCCCUCGGAUACAUGCACUCGGAGGCGAGCCAGAGGACCAUCCUCCAUGGAGACGUGAAGUCGGGCAACAUCCUCCUGGAUGACGGGUUCGCGCCCAAGGUGUCAGACUUUGGGACGUCGAGGCUCAUGUCCAUCGACAAGGACCAUACCAACUGGGUGGUCGGGGACAGCAGCUACAUCGACCCCGUGUACAUGAAGACUGGGCUGCUCACCGAGAAAAGCGACGUGUACAGCUUCGGCAUCGUACUGUUGGAGCUCAUGACCAGGAAAAAAGCAAGGUAUGACAGGAACCAGAGCCUGCCACUGGAUUAUGUCAAGGCUUCCAUGGGCGGGGCGGCGAGGGAGAUGUUUGAUCCGGAGGUUGCCUCGGGUGCGAAGGAGAACGAGGAGUGCCUCGAGGAGGUGGGCAAGAUCGCGGUGCAGUGUCUUAAGGAUGAUGUGAACGACAGGCCCACCAUGAGUGAAGUGGCUGAGAGACUUAAAAUAUGUAAGUGCCGGUGGUUGGAGUAUGACAGGAAGACGAAUGAGAUAUCCACUUAGUUACUGUCAGAAAGAAGUACUAGUCCUACCUACUUAAGAUAUUUUUCUACAGUCAACCUGCACUUUGAGUAAUUAGCUAGUAUGCUCGCGUGUA